UACUCCACGUGCACUAAGACCAAGGGGAAAACCGUAAACACUUCACUUGGAGUGUAAAGGAAGAUUCCCUCUCCGCUCCUUGGGUUUGGACAAAGUUUCUAGAUUUUUUUGUCGGUGAGAAUCAGGAAGAAUACCUUAUAAAGGGGCAUAAUAUAAGUAAAUUCUGGUUUUGCUGAAUUGUGUAUGUGCGUGUUCAACCGCACUUCUAUCCGUAAACGUAAUCGAAAUGAAAUCACGCGAACGCUGAUCGCCAAGAACAGAAUUUCAGCCAGUUGGAGCGGAGAGCUGUGGUAGGCUGGGCCCGGGUUCGAGGAGGGAGAUGUGCUCCAGCGGGCAGCUGUGUUCGGGGAACGGGCGGCCGCCAUCCAGCUACGCCAGCGACAAUGCCAACAACUCGGGCUCGCAGUACGCCCUCUGCGCCCUGGGCGUGGGGCUGGUGGCACUGGGCAUCGUCAUGAUCGUGUGGAGCGUGGUGCCCUCCAACGUGCCCGGGAACAGCAGCAGCGGCGGCAGCGGCGGCGGCUCCAAGCCGGGCCCCGGCAACGCCAACGCCAGCGCCAGGGGCAACACGUCGUCGGUGGCCUUCGUCCUGGCCGGGGUGGGCGUGGCCAUGCUGCUCCUGUCCAUCUGCCUGGGCGUGCGGAGCAAGCGGCGGCAGCAGCGGGCGGCCCAGGCGGCCGACGCCCGGUUGAGCACCCGCGCGACCCAGGGGCAGGAAGGGGAGACGGAGGAGACGGCCGCCAGGUAUGACGUGCCCACCUACGAGGAGGCGGUGGGCAGCGGGCGGUACCCGGCGCCACCCAGCCUCCUGCCCUGCAGCAGCAGCGCCUCCCAGCUCCCGUCCUACGAGGACCUGGUGGACGGCGUCCAGCACGAGGACGAGGACGAGGCGCCUGCCGGUCCCCAGCCCACCCCCGCCGCCGCCGCCGCCGCGGCCCCUCAGCUACAGCCCGCGCCCAACCGCCAGAACGGGCUCGGCCGCAAGCUCCGCCCCCCCAAGGUGAGGCGAAUCAAAUCGGAGAAGCUGCACCUGAAGGACAUCAGUAACGCGCCCCAGGCCGGCCCACCAUCCAUUGAGCCCCUCACUCCUCCUCCGCAGUAUGAUGACCAGCUGCCAAGACUCUGAAGGAGCCCCCUGCUGGCCGGAAGAGAGAAAUGCCACUUAAUUUGCUCUCUCUCUCACUCUCUCUCUCUCUCUCUUUUUCUCUCUCUUGCUAACUCUGAACUAAAACUGUUAUCUGUGACUGUCAGACAUCCUGCCUGUCACCCAGAAGGAUGGCACAAGCAGAGUGAAAUAGCUGUUGCUAUUCACAUUUUCCAUUCUAAGAUAAUGGACAGAUAAUGAAUAAAGGCAGUAGUAUUUUAAAUGAAGGGGUGGGAUGGGGAGGGGGGGGAUGUGCUCCUUUCUGAUCAAAAACCUCCAGGCCUUAAUGGAGUCAGUUUCUUGCCCUUCCAGCUCAGUAUCUGUAAUGAAGAAUGUUUCAAACCCUGUGCUUAUUUUUCUAAAGAAUUUCAGCCUUUGAAUGUUUGAGUGAAUGACAGGUCCCAUACAAUUUCAAAUAUGACCAUUUGUGUUUCUUAUUAUGCUGGGGGAUUCUAAAGCUGGCUGAUAUUGUGUUAAGAAUUUAGGAUUUCUUUUUGGAUACGAAUGAACACAGCACAGAUCUACGCCUUGGUUCUUUCUUAUUCUUAUUCUGACUUUUGAUUGGUUCAUUCUGUGCAGUGUGGUUCACAAGUGCUUUUCAGACCGUUCCAGGCAUCUUCGCAGUGAGCUGAUUGGUUGAAUUAGAGCCGUGCGCACAAGGACAUGCUUUUAAGACUUCCAGGCAUCUUUGUGGCCAGCUAAUUGAGCGUGAUCAGAAGAGAAGGACCCCAUAGAUGGCCGGGUCCUCAGCUGUAGGCCUGGGACAAAGGCUGCGCGUUCUGAGGGCAGCUGCGUGUUUUUUUUUUUUUGUUGUUUUUUUUUUUUUUUUUGUGGAGCAUCUCCGCAGACAGACAGUACCGGCCGAUGGCCGAGCACAGAGGACCUCUUUGACUGCGCAUCUGCCAGCAGGAAGAGAGAGACUCUGGCCAUCCCCACAGCCCUGACUGCUCUCUCUGUCCUCCCGACAGCAGCACCUGAAACGGGCUUUUCUGUCCUACCCCAGAACGAUUGGGGAAUGGCCCCUCCAGGGAGGGGAAGUGUCCCGCGUUGUGGGUUCGAACCCAAAUGUCUUUCACUCUGCUUUUUUGGACCCUGUGAAAGACCUUUCCCAUUGGCGUCUUUAUCUGACUUCGCCUCGUUCAUUCAGCUCCGGAAGAAUGCCCCCCCCGCCCGUCCCCACCAUUUUAAAUCAGUGACAGACUUUGUGUACAAAAUCUUGAUUCGAAAUGUGAGAAAUCUAAUUCGAGGUGCUUCUUUUAGAAAUCUUUUCAAAAGUAUAUUUGGUCCUUGUGAUAUGUCUGGACUUGUGACAUGUCACUUUUCAACAUGAAUGUGGAACAAAAUGGCUACCUGGUCUUGUUUGUUACAAAGCAAAGGUGGUAUUCGCAAUCCCAUUCAAUCUAAUGUUUACCUUAGAUGUGUGGCUCAUAUAAAUACCAUGUUCAUCUCUUUCCAUUUUCAUUCAAUUCAUUUUGGUGUUGAAAAAUAUUUGGUCCCAGUUCGCUGUAUGGGAAUAGAUUGACUGCCUUACAUGGUAACUACAUAAGUACCAUGCAGUUCUUUAAUGUUUUAUUCCACGUGUAUAAUUAAAUAUAGUAUUAGAGAUAGUAUUGUGGCUAUUUUACGGCCUACAUUUAAUGAUAUUAUUUGUAAUUGGACUCGGUAAACAAAAUCUGCAAUAUUUCCUGUGCAGUUACUGUAUAUUGAUCUCAAUCUCAGUUGAUCUGCCGUGUUGUUGUUAAUUAUCACAGAUGUAGAUGUUUCUCGGGUGUGUGUGUGUGUGUGUG